GCCAACCGGACCGCAGUGCGCAGAGGGGAGACGCUGCGCGCCGCUCGGCUGCGCUGCUGCGCGCACCAUGACCACCAUCGGAAGACGGAUGCGGAUCAGUUGCUGUUCAAUCAAGCUUAUAAUGUUUUAUUCGCGUUUUUAUCAGCUGGGGAACUAAGACAAAAGUUUACAAGAAGUGCAAACAAUGGCCCGAAUCUAAAUAGAAUACCGCUUCACUGAGGCUGGCUGUUAGCCAUGAAUGAGGAUGAACUAAACAUGACUCAAAAGGAGCAUUUUACAUUUGAAGAUGAACAUUUCGACUGCUGUAUUGAAGAGAACCCCUGGACGUUGGAUGACAGCACAAAGCUGGUUGGAGUUCAAGUUGUCCUCAUCCUCUCUUACAGCACAAUCAUCUUGUUUGGAGUCACUGGAAACUCCUUGGUGAUUUAUGUUGUCUAUAAAUUCAAAAACCUACGCACAGUGACCAACUUCUUCAUCGUGAACUUAGCUGUGGCUGACCUGCUGGUGAACACGCUGUGUUUGCCUUUCACUCUUGUUUACCUUCUCUAUGACGACUGGCUGUUUGGUCAGGUGUUAUGCUUUUUGCUGCCUUUCGCUCAAGGCAUGGCUGUACACGUCUCCACCAUCACUCUGAACAUCAUCGCUCUGGACCGCCACAGGAGCAUCGUCCACCACAUGGAUACCAAGAUGUCCAGAGACAUGUGUGCCGUGGUCAUCGUCAUCACGUGGGCACUCAGCGCCUUGCUGGCCAGCCCGCUUGCCAUUUUCAGGGAGUUUGGGUCCUUUAACAUUUCCACCGAAGAGACCCUGCAGGUGUGCGCAGAGAAGUGGCCGGACAGCAGCAUGAAUGGAAAGAUCUACAGCUUCUCCAUGCUGGUGGUCCAGGUUGUCAUACCGUUGCUCAUCAAUUCUGUUGCAUACAUCCGCAUAUGGAACAAACUGAAAAAACACAUGAUAUGUGGCCGCAAUGACAACCAGCGAAGAAAGAAGACCACCAAGAUGAUGCUGACCAUGGUGGUGGUCUUUGCUGUGAGCUGGCUCCCCUUCCAUGCAUUCCAACUGGCUAUAGACAUUGAUAACAGUGUGCUGAAUAUGAAAGACUUUAAGCUGGUUUUCACCGUGUUCCACAUCAUGGCCAUGUGCUCGACCUGCGUCAAUCCCAUCCUGUAUGGGUGGAUGAACAACAACUACAGGAUGGCCUUUUUGUCUGUGGUCAAAUGUUACCGGCCCCUCGGCGUCAGAUAUAGAUCCUCCAAAAAUAGAGAGAAAGAAAAAGAUGACGACAGGGACUGCACUGACUUCAAGUCAACAAACCUCUGAGAACAGGGGUAGUAUUUAUUUGCCGACUCAAAACGUACAGUCCCUCGCGGGUUUUUUUUCCCCACUUUUACACAUUUGUCAUGUUACAGUCAGAAGCUUCUGUGUAUUUAUUUGGGCUAGAUCAAAUCUAAGAGAUGCAUAAGGAAGUAAAAGUCAAAUUUCUAACAAAUCAUAAUCUGUAAAGCCUGCAUUUGUACUGAGCCUCCAAAAUUCUGAGGUCUCUAAAAAAAUCUAGUGGAGCCAAAUGCUAACAUGAGUCGUGGUGUUGGUCUAUUUCAGCAUGACUAGAGCUGCAUCUCACAGAGCACUAUUCUUUCUAAAAUGUGCAAAAAUAUGGCAAAGCUGCACACUUUCCAAAACAUCAUAAUCUACCUAAUCAGAGGCUGGGGAAGGAAACCAGGAUUCAGAGACACAGCAAAGAGGCCCGUGGUAUCUCUGGAGGAGCUGCAGACAUCCACGUCUCACAUUGGAGUUAUGUAUAUGUAUAUGGAGGAUCUCAUCCCUGGGGGUGGAUGAGAUCCGCCCAGAGUUCCUUAAGGCUCUGGAUGAUGUAGGGUUGUGUUGGGUCACACGACUCUGCAAUAUUGCAUGGACAUCGGGGGCAGUUCCCCUGGAUUGGCAGACUGGGGUGGUGGUCCCUCUGUUUAAAAAGGGGGACCGGAGGGUGUGCUCCAAUUACAG